UUAAUUAUAGAUUCGUACAGAAAUCACCAUUGUUUGUGGCGAGUGAAGUGUAAAGAGUACUCACAUAAAAGUCUAAAAGAAAAUGCGUAUUUAGACCUUGUGCAAAACUGUGGUGCCUGAUUGUACAGUUGAUUAUGUGAAGAUGAAAAUUGAUUUGCUUAGAGGUAAUUUUAGAAGAGAACAUAAGAAAGUUACCGAGAGCAAAAGAUCAGGAGCUGGCACAGACGCAGUCCAUGUACCUAAACUAUGGUAUUACAAACUGAUACUAUUUUUAAGUGAUCAAGAAGAAGUACGUCUGUCGAUCACAUCAUUAGAUUCUCCGACAGAAGAUUCACAACAAACUGGCGCAGGUCAUGCUGUUGACGAUGUACUCAGUGAGUGCGAGGAAGAUGAGGUAACGGAUGACCCAAGACCGAAGGAACAAUCUCAACCAGAAACUAGUACGCUGUCUACGUCAUCUGCUCCCACGUUCGGACGGAAGAAAAGAGUCAGAUGACACCUCAACAUCUACUGCUGCUGAUUACCUAAAACAAGCAGUUGACAUUCUGCAGCGAGAAGAGGAUGAAUACGACAAAUUUGCUAGAAAUGUUGCCGCAAAACUCCGAAAAAUGGAUGAUAAUGUAUUUUUGCCGAGAAAUUGAUAAAUCAAGUUAUAUUUCAAUGUGCUCUAGGGAAACUUCAAGAAGACUCAAUUAUCCAUACACCGGUUUCUUUCAUCGCCACGUCUGGUAACUCCUUCAGGAGCAGCUUAACAAGUGCUUCCAACGAUAAUUAUCAAUACAACGCUUCUUACGACUUUUAUCAUUUGUAAAUUGGAGUUU